AUGAAGCAGUGGCCACUGCCUCGUGAACAGGUCACAGCGAUCGACAAAUUCUUUGUCGAUCGUUUAGCUGCUGGUCAUGUGAGGGAAUCAACAUCUCCACACAGCUCUCCGACCUUCUGUGUGCGAAAAGCAACAGGAGGGUGGCGGAUAGUGCACGCGUUCAACAAACUUAACGCUGCAACGGUACCGGAACAAACGCCGAUCCCAAGAAAGGACGUCAUCAUAGAUGGUAUGGCAAAGAGUACCAUCUUUUCGUACAUGGAUUUGAUGGAUGGAUUCUAUCAGAUCCUCAUGCGUGAAUGGGACAUCCCUUACACAGCAGUGAGCACCCCCAGUGGUAUGCUCUGGGAGUGGCUAGUGAUGCCACAGGGGCUUAGUAACGCCCCCGCAACGUUUAACAGAUGUGCUAAAAACCUGUUGCGUUCGGUGCGCGAUUUCGCACCGAGUCACUUCGACGAUGUCUUCGUCCAUGGCCGGGCUAUGGAUGGAAAGGCGGACGUGGAGGUUCAUAGAAUCCACGUCCAGAAGGUUCUUACACUUACGCAAGAGCAUAAGUUGUUCGCGAACCUGAAGAAGUGUAUAUUCGCAGCGAACGAAAUACCACUCCUUAGCUGCAUCGUGGAUAAAAACGGUGUACGCCCUGAUCCGGAAAAGAUAAAGGUGAUUAGUGACUGGCCUGUGCCAGUCGACAUCAAGGGACUUCAUAAGUUCCUUGGCUUGGCAGCGUAUUUGCACAACAAAACACGCAACUAUGCCGAGAUGACCGUGGAUCUCUCUCGUCUACUAAAAAAACGAGAGGUGGUCAUCGAGCGCUGA